UACCAAGUUCCCACAAGCCUGGAAACUGUUAAAGAGAAUUACCACGUAGUGAUUGAAGCCUUGCUUAAAUCACAUUUGUGUAUUUGUAAAGAGUUAUAUUAUAUCAGCUAUUUUAUGUUAAUUUGGACUAAGUGCUACCGGGAAGGUGUGGGUUGUGCAAGUAGCCACCCGGACGUGUAUUCUUCCCGCCAGUAACUUGGUUUCUUUUUCUUGGACGCGUGAUAUUUGAUUUACUCACGUGCCUAUAGAUUGCUAAGUUUUUAAGAUUUGGGGUGUUUUUGAUAAAACGUCUGUUUAUAUUAAUGACAUUUAUGCAACAUUGCUAGAAUGGGAGACGUCUUUGAAACUCCGAAAACUCGUGUUAACACCAGCAUGCUUUCUCAACACAUCGGAAAACCAGUGUGUUUUGUGGGCCGGGUGGAGAAGGUUCACCCAAGUGGAACAUCAUUUAUUCUUACAGAUGGUGAAGGGAAGAACGUAACUGUAGAACUCAGUGAACCCUUAGAUGAAGAGCUGUCUGGGAUCUCGGGCUGUACAAUGAGGCUUUAAAAGUUAUCCAUGAUUUUCCACAAUAUUACCCAUUUGGCCUUGUUGGAACGGAGUAAUUUUUUAAAGCUGCAAGGACUUUAAACAAUAAAAGGAAGACUUAUUCAAGAUAGACUGGUUUGAACUGAGAUAACCGGUCUAACAGCCUGUUAGAAAAGUCUGUUGACAGGAGUUUAUUUCUUUGAUUUGAACCAGUGGUAUUAAAAGUAUGCAUGUCUUGUGUUUGUGCUGCCUUGUAAAACUUGCGUAGUGUGGGGUACUGCAACACUUUUCCAGUUUGCAUACGGUUUUCAUCAGUGCUUUCCUUUUUGGAUUUUCUUUUAAUGAUGUAUGUGAAUAUUUUUUUACCACUGUUAACUUCACUUAGUAGAUAAUUGCAUAUUGGUUUCUUACCCCAGAGUAAUAGAGUAAUAUAGUUGUCAUUAUGAUCAGUAUGGAUGAUGUUUUUACUGAUAGGAUAACUUGGACAGGAUAAUUAAAUUUUUUUUUUCUUUCUGAAAUAGACUCCGAACCAUUUUUUACUUUUCCGGUGUUGAAAGUUUUUGGUAAGAAUUCAUUUCAUAGGUUCUCCAGUUUCCUCCUACAUUCCAAAGACUUAGGUGGAUUGGACACUCUAAAUUGGCUGUGUGUGUGGUACGAACGAGCUACCAUGGCAGGACUAGCCACCCAGCAGUGUAAACCUUGGCUACAGAUGAUUGUCGAAGUGAAACCUCAACCCCAUGUGCAAAGUGGAAAAAGGGGUUGAUGGAUGGAUGGAAAUCAUUUCAUAGGUAUUGUUCACACUUUUGACAGUACUUCCAUUUGUCUGCCAUAUAGCAGAGAUAGUUAAGGCUAUGAGCUGUUAACAUGUCUCAACUGCACAGUGUCCCACUGCAAUUUACUUAGAGUAGUGCUCAUAGACCACCCCUGAAAAAAGUUAUUUGUGCUCUCUGUUUUGCCAUUUAAUUAAAUAGAAAAAUACAGAGAUGGCAAAAGAAAAGACCAUGAAUUUUUUUCCUCCACUGUAUCCUUUUUGUGUCCAUGCAUGCUAACCAUCAGGCCUCUUCUUGUGUGUCCAUGUGUUCCCCUGUACUAGGUGUCCCUCACAUUUGGACAAUAGCUGACCAAAAGGAUAGUCAUUCAGGCAGUUGCGGAGUGGGUUUGUGACCUUGCUAGCAUACUAAAUGGGAGAACAUCUAGUAAGGCCCUAAUCUCCCCCCCCACCACCACCAAGUUGCUGAUGUAAGCACCAACAUCAUCUUAGUGUGACCUCUCCCUUGCUUGUUCAUUUUUCCUGCAUCGUAUGAAGGCUACAGUCUCUGGUUCUGAGUAUGCCGUGCAAAUCCCCCACUUGCAUGUGUAUCAGUAAACGUCAGGCAUCUGAUCAUUUUCCUAUAAGCUGGCAGAAAUCGGUGCUCCCUUCCUCAGAAUGGGUGAUCAGCACCAGCUUCUUAUUUCAUCCUCCCCAGCUUAGCUCUUCCAUUGCCCAAGCUCCUAUUCAAAGUCUGACCAUGUGGAUGAUAGUUGCGGCUUUAUCCCUGUAUGUUACAGACCAUGAUGAUAGUGUGCAGUAAAGUGCUGCUAUUGUUAAACUGGUUAACCCUGAUGAUUUUCACAGGUAAGUACUAGGCUAGCUGCCCUUGUGGGCCAUUUUAAGCCUAGCCAGUUUUCCUUUUGGUACUUGAAUUAACCUGUCCCAUUUUUAAUGGAAUGAGUUUAUUGCAGUCAUAUAUUUUCAUGUGUGCUGUCCUCAGAUGUGCCGGCAUGUAAACAUUUGUAAAAUAAAAUUAUAUCAUCUUCAUA